AUGGCUAUUGAAGAGGAAGACGAAGAAGAUGGUGAAGGUCGACCCUCCAAGCGACAACGAAGAGCCACCCGCAAGUUCGACGGUACUGACACAGGAACUGGUGCCAACACCCCCAAGAAGCACAACGGUUGGGGCGGCGCGCGCAAGAAAGGUGUUAGUCGAUUCACGAAGCCAACCUCGGAGACGCCAGAACCCGAAGGACGGGGCGUAAAGCGAGCCCGGACAACGGCUAGUAACUUACUCCAUCAGCGCAUCCAAGAAAUGAGAGAGGAAUCAGUCGUCGGUAGUUCCGGAGACGAAGACUCAUCAACCAUGGACGUAGAUGAGUAUUCAGAUGCUAACCCCAAGCGUGGACGCCCAGCCGGUAGCAAGAACGUAGCUCGCCGCAGUGACUUUGGAGUAAAGAAAGGCCCACGAAAGAAGACGAGCGAAUCGGGAACCCCAGCCCCCUCAGCACAUGGCCCAAACGCUCCACCACCAGCACUGAACUCCAUGAGUGAAGGUCAAGGUCAGUUUACUAUUGAUGCCCAGCCGUUCCCGGAAGGCAUACCCAUCAUGGCACCGAACUCUGCUGAGACGGUUUUUCAAGGCACACUACAGUAUUCUGCGCCCAACACAGAGGUACCACUUGUGCAUCCGAGCGAAUCCAGUACUCCUGACGCGUACAUGCUCACUGCCCCCCUUAGUCAGUAUACAGCCAACAACAGCUACGCGGACGACUCAUCCCCAGCGUCAGGCUCGCGACGCAAACCGCGCGUAAAAUCAGAGAAGCGCAGUCAGUCCAUGACCAUGUGGUGGGCCGAACGCAAGGCAAAGAAGCGCGAGGAGGAAGCGCAGGCCGGAAUUACCCCAACACCCGAUCCGCGCGAAAAAUCCGCGACGCAGAAGGGUGCCCGGCAGUCUGAAGGCUCGGCGACUGGCGCUACACCGCAGUCGCAGCCUUCGCAUUCCCAGCAAGCAUCUCCGAUACACCAUCCACAGCACGCUCCUCAACACAGUCCCCAUCACCCUCCGCCAGAAGCGUACCUGCAGUAUACCCAAGGCCCGCCGCAACACUACAUGUACCUCAGCGGACCGCCUCCACCACAACACAUGAUGAUGCAGUACUCGCCACUUGCGGCCCUUCCCACUGGUUCUUUCCCUAGCCCAUAUCCCCAUCACGCGCCACACGCCCACAGCGGAAUUCCCCUUACCCAACCCCCGAGCACAGCAGGCGGACCGUUUGGAGGUCCCCGCCAACUCGCCCCAGCACCCAUGAACAUGCCCACAUACCCCAGCCCGUACGGUCCCCAAAGCCCAGCCGGUGGCAGACCCAAGAGCAGUGGCCAGUCACUGCCAAGGAGUGCUGCUACUACCGGCCAAAACGGACAGCAGGUACUGGCACCCGCCCCAUCUCAGCAACAACACCAGCAGCAGCAAGGACAGCAUUUCAGCCCGUACGCACCGAUGAAUGUCGGAGGUGCUACCGGUCGCGAGAUGCCGUUCAAAGUCAUGGUUCCCGGUCCAGCCCCAGAGAGGAGAGGAAGUCGUUAG